AUGGAGAGUUCAGGUGUGGAAGGGAAAGUGCUGGAAAUGUUUGAAGUUGGGCCCUGUGAAAGUGCUUACCAGAUGGGUUUCUUAAUAGGCCAAAGGUUCUCCAAUCUUAUAAGAAGCAGGCUGGCCAGAGACCUCAUUCUUCAAGACCAGCUACUACCUUUUGCCCAAACCCCACAAGCACAGCCACUUCUCAAAGCACUCGCUGAUAAUAACAAAAAGAAGUUUCCAAGUUAUUGGGAUGAACUGAUAGGAACAGCUGAGGGAAGUGGAGUUCCUGUUCUUCAUAUAAUACUAAUCAACUUCAGGAGCGAGAUUGUUCCUUUUCUUCCAAAGAACAAGUUAAUUUCCAAUGCUGAUAGCCCAGAUGACUGUUCUGAUGUUCUCAUCAUUAGUGAUUCCAUGGCCACGGUUGCACAUAAUGAGGAUGCAUAUGUUGCUUUGUUUGGCCACACCUAUUUUAUAAAGGGAAUGCUGUCAAAAGGACUAUCCUUCAUUGCUUACACGUAUGCUGGAGAGCUCCCAAGCUGUGCAUUUGGAUUCAACAGUCAUGGAUUGGCAUUCACACUAAAUUCAGUACCCCCAAUUAAAGACGAGAUUGUGGCGGGUGGCAUUGGAUGUAACUUCAUCUCUAGGGAUCUCCUUGAAGCAUCAGGCAUUCACGAUGCAUUAACUAGAAUUCAUUCAUCAGAAGUUUCUGUGGGACAUAGUUACAAUCUGAUUGAAAUAAGAACACGUCAACGUUGA